CCUGCUCGGGAGGGAGGUGCGGUUGGGCCCUGCCCUGGGGGUGGCCGGGGCCGGCGGGGCCGGGCGCUGCUCCCCGGGCUGCUGCUCCCCGGGCUGCUGCCCCCGCCGCUCCUCCGCUGCCGUGUCCCGCUGGGGACAGCAGCCUGACCGCAGCCCUCCGCCCGCCCCCAGCACACGGGCGGCUGCGUUGAGGCCUGCCAGCCACAGGCGUGGAACGGCCCAGGCUGACGGACGCGGCCCGCCUUUGGACAGCCGAGGUGCGACCUCGGGGAUGUCCAAGGACAUGCUGCCCGGGCCGUACCCUCGGACGCCAGAGGAGCGCGCAGCGGCCGCCAAGAAGUACAACAUGCGGGUGGAAGACUACCAGCCCUACCCUGACGACGGCUUCGGCUAUGGUGACUAUCCCAUGCUGCCUAAUAAGUCUCAUCAUGAGAGAGACCCCUGGUACCAGUGGGACCAGCAAGACUUGAGGCAUAACUGGGGAGAACCGAUGCACUGGGACUUUGACAUGUAUAUCCGGAACCGUGUCGAUACAUCCCCCACUCCAGUUCCCUGGCACAUCAUGCGAAAACACUUCCUUAUCUUUUUGGGUACCAUGCUGGUCAUGUUUGCUGUUGGAGAGAUCUAUCCAUCUUACAGGCCUGUGGGACCGAAGCAAUAUCCCUUCAAUGACCUGUACCUGGAGAGAGGAGGAGAUCCCAAUAAAGACCCACCAGUGGUGAUACACUAUGAACUCUGAAAGAUGUUAGAAGUGAUAUGCUUCUCCCAUAUCAGCUCUGCUGGGGAUGGCAUCUUUAGUAUUUCACUGUGACGCAUGUUAAUGCUUGUUCUUCAACGUUCAGUCACCAACUGCAUUGAAAUAUAUCAGUGAUACCUAC